GGAGGUUUUGGGAAGGGAUUUGUUGAGGCUGACACGCACGUGGUCGUUGGCCGUCACAAAUCUGACAAAGAUGGUGCCACGGCAAACAAUAAUGAGAUCAAGAGCACAAUGGAACCCAUCCCCACGAGUGAUAUGGCUACGGACAAUGCGAAUGGUGCUACCUAUCAGGUACUAGACGAUGUAUUCUGGAACGAUCCUGAAACAUUGGCGGCGAUAGACUCGAUUUUGAAGGCGGUCGAGCGACGCAUCUCGUCAGAUGACCAUGAUGCAUGUGACACCUAUCAUCAACAUACGAGCGGGAUUGGCGUGGGUUCUGCACAUAAUGGGAUGCCUCAAACUGCUGAUAAGUCACUCAAUAUAGACGUGCAAAUAGAUGUUGGUCAGUCUGAGCAUGCAAUUGGUGAAGAAAUUGGGUUGCACGACAAAGGUCAUGUAACUACU